CACAUGGGCGGCUGCGCCGCUGCAGACAAGGGCCGGGCCGCAGAUAGCGGGGUCGCAGACUGGCUGUCAUAAAGACCAUGAGGAUUAACUAUAUUUGCACAUCGUCAUAUCCUAGCCCUUAGGAGUCUACUCUCAUCCGUGAAGUGCGUAUAUCUCCACUGUACUGUAUUGCACAUCGGGCAUCAGUUGAAGCUCCGCCAUCAGUCGGCUCGCCGAUAUCCAAACCGACGAAAAUGGCGGCGAAUAUAGCACUCCAGGCCGACAUCUCCAACAUACCCACAGCAGCGUUAGGCCUUCUGAGCACACUGCAGCCCUUCCUGAAGGCUUUAUCAGCAGAUGAAGUCGACCCGGGGGCGGUCCUAAAAACGCAGCUGCUCGGCAGCUGUUUCCGGCUCAACGGCUUGCUCGCCGCACGCCUCCCCGAGCUCCUGCGGCGGCACUCGAGCAUCCGGCUGGAGCGGCUAGCGGCAACCAUCGGCUGGCAGAAGGGGGACACGGCGGCGCUGAUGUCGCAGAGCGGUAGCGGGCAAGCCGCCGCCGUCAUCUCGCUAGCGCUGCGGGAACUCUACCCAGAAAACAUCGCCGGUGAGGUCCUGUACGAUGUCGCGGCUAGGAUCCUUCCCGACCACCACCACGAGGCCAAUGCUGGCCCCAGGGCCCUGGGAAGGGUCGCUGCCACGCUCGCGAAUAAAAUCGCCGCGUUCGGCUGGGGAAGGCAUCUGGCGGAACAGGUCACGAAGAUCCGCGUGGCGUAUUUGCACCUGGCUACGGUGGCGGUGCCGCGCGAUCUACUGGAUGUCCCCACCGAAGAUACUAUGGCGGAGUUUCUGCAGUGUCUGGCAGAGGCGUUUAGGGAUGAUGCGACGAUACUGAGGAUCGAGGGAAGUACGAGUGUGGGACAUCUCAUUGCGCUGGUGACGGCGCUGUGUCCGGAUAAUGUGGCCAUUCAUGUCGAGGGAAUGAGUAUCUUCCAAGGACGACAUGCGAGUGCGAGGAGUUCUGCGGCCACAAAAACGACUGCGGUAGUCUUCUCGGUCAGGGCGGGUGAGCAGACUACUUUCGGUAUCGAGACGGUGAUCAAUAUCGCCCCGUCUGGCGAUCUCCUCAAGAUUGUGGCCACGGAUAGGUUCCUGACACCUACGUGUAAAUAUUCGAUUCCGUGGGAAGGCUGCUUGUCGACCCUUUUGGACCUCCUGUUCAUGGAACGCGGACUUGUAUGUACCACCGAGAUUCUGCAGGCCUGUGCAAACGUGAUCGCAGCGGUGGCGACAAUGAAGGGUGACAAACUCUCGGACAACAUCGAAGACCGGCACAGCCUGCCGCUGCACGGCCUAAAGACGCUCCUUGGGCCGUUCCCGCUGAACCGAAUCCGGGAUGCAGUCAAAGCAGUCCUCCUCGUCGAGCCAACUUUCGCUACGCAGGAUCCGCAGGUACCCUUAGACUCCCUCCUCACGCAUAUCAAGGCCAUCGUGCCAUCGUGCCGCCUUGGGCACUGCGAGACAUCCCCACUUGCAAACAACUGCCGCCCCGAUUGCGAUCGCCAAAAGCUCACUCACACAUCCCUCAAAGUGAUCGAAUCGGGGAUCGCAGCGUUAUUCGUGACCGCCCGCCCAAACUCGCUAGCAACCUUCAACGCCACCUUCCACGGCGCCCGGAGCUUCACCGGCACCGGCGCUCUCCGGCCCGGCUCCCAAGUGCACUUCUCCAUCAGCACCACACAGCUGCACCGGGCGAUACUGCACCUAGUCGCGCCCACUCGGGCCCAGGGUCCGAUGGGGGACACCUCUGAGCAGCCGGGGGGCACACGCAUGAUCGGCACUGGCACAGGAGCAUGCACGAUCUUCCCCACGACGCUCAUCUCGCCGCGCCUACCCGAGACGCCGAACGUCGAGUACAUCCUGACCGAGGGCUGCUUCCAAUACGGCAGCACGUGCUACACCACCGUGAUCGCACUCGAGGGCGACGGCAGCGACGGGGCCGCACCCGCGCUACCACCGACGGAUAUCAUCCCGCCCGCUACGCCCCUCACCCCCUCCGGCAUCGGCGCGCACGAGUGCCUGACCUUGUCCCUGCGGCGCACGGCGGACCACCUCCUCCUGCGCACGGCGAUCCAGGGCGCCGGCAGGACCGUCGAGGUCAGUUUUUGGAAUGUGCAGCUGGGGUUCCUGGGGCUGGCGUAUGCGGCCGCGUGCGAGCAUGAUUGGAAGGCCGAGUUGAAUAGGGAGGCUAGGCUGGGAGUGGUGACGACUUCAGUCCUGGCGCCGGUGGCGCACAGAGAUGGUAAUAAGGUGGUUAGUGUGGCUAUGACAAGUUUUGCUCCGGAGGCGCAAUUUUUGUGCUGUCGCCAGCCGCCGGCGUUGCUGCAGAGGGAGUGCUGUCUUGAGUGUGCGGUUAGGCAGGCGAAGGGUAUGGGUUUUCGGCUGGUUAUUGGAGGAUCUUGA